AUGGCACCUAUGUUCCCCCUCUUUGCGGAGACUUUCCAUCUCUCUGAGGAAGAAGUCCCUCUGAUCACGGGUGUCACGGUAGUUGUCCUUGGGUUCUCCAACUUCAUCGCCAUCCCCUGUUCUAGAAUCUUUGGACGUCGGGCGGUAGCCCUAUCAUUUGGCAUUCUGUUCCUUGUUACCAGCAUAUGGCAGGCUGUCGCACAAAACUACGCCAGUUUCAUGGCAUCUCGUGCUGUGAUCGGUAUUGCCGCCGCACCUAGCGAAACGCUGAUGGUGCAGGUCAUUGCUGACCUCUGGUUCAUUCACGAGCGAGGAUUCUGGAUGGGUGUUUAUUUUACUUCAAUGUCUUUUGGAGCAUGCAUUGGGCCUGUCAUCUCCGGGAAUAUUGCUGAGAGACACGGUUGGCGAAGCUUCUUUUGGCUGUCUGCUGGCCUCAUUGCUUUCAACCUGAUACUGAUCUUGUUUCUGUUUCCCGAAACCAAGUACAACCGCGAGACGUUGCUCAAUUCAUCUGAAAGUCCAGCCACGCCGGCAAGUACAACUCACACUGACGACUUCAAGGUUGAAGCUGAGUCACAAUGUGUGCAGCAGCAUGUCGAGACCAUCGGUCACGCUGUGUUAGUCGGAAAAGGUCGGCCGAGCCGGGGGCAAUUCUGGUUGUUCCAAAAGCCCCAUCGUCACUACAAACAAUUUAUCAUUCGCGACUUUGUGGGACCAAUCCGGGCUGCGGCUCUUCCCAUCGUUCUAUUUGCUUCGUUGAAUCUGAUGGGCACGGCCAAUCUAGCGCUGUACUGGAACAUCACAGAAUCCCCGAUCCUGGAAUCCCCACGCUACGGAUUCACUCCUGCGCGAGUCGGAUUGUCCAACUUUGGCUUCGCUGGGGGUGCGUUCGUUGGCAUGCUGACUGCAGGACCUCUCUCGGACUGGAUGGUGCAGAGAGCGACAGUACGCAAUAACGGCGUGCGAGAGGCAGAGAUGCGUCUCCCCGCCCUCAUACCCUUUGCCAUCACCACCGUUGUUGGAACGGUCAUAGGAGGCAUCGCAGUCCGCGAGGGCUGGGACUGGCCUCUCAUCGUCGUGAUGGGCUUUGGGUCGUCUGGUCUGGCUGUCUGUUCGAUCGCGGUAAUCGCUAUUGCCUAUGCCUUGGACGUGUACAAGCCUCUCUCUGGCGAGAUCAUGGUCGUGGGCACGGUCUUCAAGAACGUGACGGGCUUUGCUAUGACCUACUGGGUGCCGCCCAUGGUUGUCAACCGCGGCUACAUCUUGCCGCUGAUGAUCUGGUUUGUGUUCACUGCCGGUCCCUUUCUUUUGGCCAUUCCUCUCUACAUCUGGGGCAAGAAGCUGCGGGCAAUCCCUGCGUUUCGGGGCCGUUCCAUGCACUGGGAAUAG